GCGUGUGUGGGAUGGACGGCCCGAGGGAUCGCUAGCUGAAAGCAAGGCUGUAAAGGGUAACGUGCUUUUGUAAGCGGCGAGCUGCGGUGCAGCUGAAGGUUACCGGGUAACUUAAAGCCGAGAAAGCCUUGGCUCUCAUCUGCGUGACUCGAUAAAGUGGGAAAGUGCUGAGGGAAGGCCCGGGGCUGGAUGGGGUUACAUGAAACCCAAUCUUCCCUGUGACUCACUGGCAGCCUUGCGGCCCUGAGGUCUUUAAAAAGCAGCGCACAGAUAGAUGUGCUUCAGCAGGCUGCCCUUCUGUGUGUGGCUCCCCGCUUAGAGUGAGCUGUGUAACUUGCCCUGCGCUCGGGUUUUGGGUGGCAGAGGAACGUCCUUUUGCCUUCUCGUUCUGGUUUUCAGGGGCUCCUUGUUCUGAUUCUAGUUGGCUCCUUGUUAGCUCUGGAGAGCUGUUGCAGACUUGUGUGAAAUCUGGUUAUAAAGUGUUAAUUGGAAUUACUCACAAGACUCAAUUUAUGCCCACGGGCUGCAAUCAGAAGCUGCUGUGCUGGUUUGUAUCUACCAUUCCUGACAGCUCAGGUUUUCUUCUUGUGUAGCUUGAAGGCUGUGCAUAGAGCACGGAAGUCCAAACCACUGAUAGAGCCAGAUAUUCCGUUUCCUUUGAAUUACUGAGAGUUGUUACUGCUCAGAGCUUACACUCAAGUCCUUCCACCUAAACUUGGAAUGUCAGGAAUCAUGGGUAGCUUCAGCAAAGAAGAACUUGAAUUCACCUUCCUUGAUGAGGGCUUUACUGCCAAGGAUAUCCUUGACCAAAAAAUAAAUGAAGUGUCAUCUUCUGAUGAUAAGGAUGCCUUCUAUGUUGCUGACCUCGGGGACAUAGUAAAGAAGCACUUGCGGUGGCAUAAAGCCCUUCCUCGAGUAACCCCCUUCUACGCUGUCAAAUGUAACGACAGUGAAGCUGUAGUGAAGACUCUCGCUGCUGUUGGUGCGGGAUUUGAUUGUGCCAGUAAGACGGAAAUACAGCUGGUUCAGAGCGUUGGGGUACCUCCUGAGCGAAUAAUAUAUGCAAAUCCCUGCAAACAACUGUCUCAAAUCAAACAUGCUGCUAGCAGCGGUGUACAGAUGAUGACAUUUGAUAGUGAAGUAGAACUAAUGAAAAUUGCAAGGGCCCAUCCAAAAGCCAAGUUAGUGCUGCGUAUCACAACUGAUGACUCCAAAGCAGUUUGUCGUCUCAGUGUUAAAUUUGGAGCUACUCUUAAGACAAGCAGGCUGCUUCUGGAGCGUGCAAAAGAGCUGGACCUUGUCAUUGUUGGAGUUAGCUUCCAUGUUGGAAGUGGAUGUACAGACCCAGAGACAUUUGUUCAGGCUAUUUCCGAUGCCCGCUGUGUGUUUGAUAUGGGAGCUGAACUUGGCUUCAGUAUGUAUCUGCUUGAUAUUGGAGGUGGCUUCCCCGGCUCUGAAGACGUCAAGCUUAAAUUUGAAGAGAUCACAAGUGUAAUCAACCCAGCACUGGAUAAGUACUUUCCUCUGGAUUCUGAAGUAACUAUUAUUGCAGAGCCAGGAAGAUACUAUGUUGCAUCAGCCUUCACGCUGGCAGUCAAUAUCAUUGCAAAAAAAAUUGUAAUAAAGGAGCAAACAGGUUCUGAUGAUGAAGAUGAUGUGAAUGACAAAACACUCAUGUAUUACGUGAAUGACGGUGUCUAUGGAUCGUUCAAUUGCAUCUUGUAUGAUCAUGCACAUGUUAAACCAGUUCUGCAAAAGCGGCCUAAACCAGAUGACAGCUGCUACUCCUGCAGCAUAUGGGGACCAACGUGUGAUGGCCUGGAUCGUAUCGUUGAGCGUUGUAACAUGCCAGAGCUGCAAGUUGGUGACUGGAUCCUGUUUGAAAACAUGGGUGCCUAUACUGUUGCGGCAGCCUCUACUUUCAACGGAUUCCAGAGGCCAACAAUACAUUAUGUGAUGUCACGACCAGCAUGGCAACUAAUGCAACAGAUAAAGGAGCAGGAGUUCCUAGCUGAAGUGGAGGAGCAGGAUGUUGCUAGUCUGCCCCUCUCCUGUGCCUGUGAAAGUGGAAUUGAGUAUCCAGCAAGUUGUGCUUCAGCUAGUAUUAAUGUAUAAAUAAUAAAUACUUAGAAACUAACUGCAAGUUUAGUCAUUGAAUUUAGGGCAUUUGGGGGACCAUUAACUUAAUUCUUGCUAGAAUUUUUAAGUGUUUUUUAAAAGUUUAGGUUUGGCAUAAACGCAACAAAAAAUGACUAGGAGAUGGGUCACAUUUAUCUGUGUUCCUAUGGAAACUAUUUGAAUAUUGUUUUAUAUGGAUUUUUAUUCACUUUUCAUGUAUGCUACUAAAGUCUGACCCUCACCUGUCAAACAAGUAUUUGUAGCUUGUGUACGGCAGAAUGGGCUAAGCUUAGUGUUCUGUGACCUACCUGUUUUAAAAUAAAAGUAUAUUGAAAUAA